CGAAGGGCAUAUGCUGAAUAAUUCACGUUGGAUUGCUUUGGGGAGUGACGCAGAGGAUACAGAUGCACGGCUACUUUUUCGUUAAAUUGUGAAAUUCUGGCUUGAAUAACAGUUAUUUAUUCAAUUUUUCGAGUUUUGUUGGGUGAAGUGCCGAUCAGUGGGCCCGUUUUUAGUUUAGAUAGAUCUGGGGUGUCCAACAGGCCUCUGUAUGUCGAUAUUGAUGUGGUGUCGCUGCUAGGAAAAAGAUGCCGCAGCCGAAAUCCCGAAAAAUUGCUGUUCUGGGAUACAGAUCCGUUGGGAAGUCCUCUUUGACAAUACAAUUUGUGGAAGGCCAGUUUGUGGAUUCUUAUGAUCCAACCAUAGAAAAUACAUUUACAAAAAUGAUCACAGUCAACGGUCAAGAGUACCACCUGCAGCUGGUCGACACGGCAGGCCAGGAUGAAUACUCCAUUUUUCCACAGACUUACUCCAUAGACAUCAAUGGUUACAUUUUGGUGUAUUCUGUUACGUCAAAUAAAAGUUUUGAAGUAGUAAAAGUUAUCCACGAAAAACUGUUGGACAUGGUGGGAAAAGUACAAGUACCCAUCAUGUUGGUGGGAAACAAGAAAGAUCUUCACAUGGAACGUGUUAUCAGCUGUGAAGAAGGCAAAGCCCUGGCAGAGUCCUGGAACGCCGCGUUCAUGGAGUCCUCGGCAAAGGAGAACCAGACUGCAGUGGAGGUCUUUAAAAGGAUAAUCCUGGAGGCAGAGAAGAUAGAUGGCGGUGCCCCGCAAGGAAGGACAUCCUGCUCACUGAUGUAGUCCCCUCCUCCUGACCCCUGACGACCCCUCUGCCAACCUCAGCAUCCUCCUCUAGCCCCCGUCCCCUCGUGGCCAGCCCCAACCCGACCCCUGCCCACCGACUUGCACCACAGCACUGGACACUGGGAAAUCCCUGUACUUGAAGUGGCUAACUGCCUGUUUUUUUUCCUCCAUUAAAUAAAUAUUCUUAGCGUUUUCUUUUAACCAUCGUUUUUUUAUAUUUAAUUCUUCUUUUUUUUCUUCCUCUACUUAUUUUUUUAUUUUUAGUUGUCAAUUUGUUUUUUUUAUUUUUUAUUCUUAUUUUGGAAGAGACAGAGAAGCACUCUGUUGACAUGUUAGGAGUAAUUUUAACCAUUCCUAUUGGCUUAGGGACCCCUUCCCCCCUCUCCCCCUGCUCUUGCCCCAGCCACCACCCCCCUCCUCCUCCAUCUGCAAACCAAACCUGGUGAAUCUUGAGCCUUACUUCUCCAUCUUUCAUCUUUUCUACCUGAAAGCCCUUCCCCUCCCUUGUCCUCUUAUGAAUUUGUAUAUCGUAUUUCUUAAAACAGUUAUUAUGGCCAAUAAAGUUGCCAGCAUUCAUUCUUCUCUGUAGUGAAUGUUGUUGAACUUUUUUGAUUGUAAUCAUUAAAAGCAGCAUAUUGUUUCACUA